GUGACAGUGUAAAUAUUCUGUCGUUUAGCGCAUGUCGUUCUUUUAAUGAAGCUAUGUGUUGUGAAAAUACUUCUUCAGAAAUACUGUAAAACAACAUCAAUAUUCGUCAAAUUUGGUUUCAAAGCUCCAAAAUACUCAUCAUUUGCCGAUUAACAGAAAUCUUCACAUAAACACUGGAUAAAAAGCUAAUCAACAGAAUCAUUGAUAUAAAAAUAUUGGCGUAAUAUAGCAUCACUUGAUUUUGAUUCAGGACCUAUGACUUUGAAUUAAAAUACUAUAUUUUAGUUUAAAAAUUAAUAGUCAAUUAUUGUUAGAAAAAAUACCCGCAAAAUUAAUUUCUUGCUCACAAUAGAUAUACAUAUUUAUAAGGAUAAUUGAGAUAAUUAACUUGAAUUCAGUGUUAAAAGCCAAAUUCAAUUUAGCACGGUGUUAAAAUGGCAGUGUUUUCCACUCAAAAAGAUAAGAACAUUGGUAUAUUUGGUCUGGAUAAAGCGGGAAUGAAAUGUUAUGAAGCCUUGUACAAUAUUGCAAACAUAAUUUGUUUUGAUGAAAAUCCAAGUAUUAGAGAAUCAUUUGCAGAAAAGUAUGGCAUUGAUAAACUUCUUGAUAUAACCGAUUCGAAAUGGAAAACACUCGAUAAAAUUGUGUUGUCUCCAGAUAAUCUAAAGAUAAUACCCUCAACUCAUGACAUUUUUGAAUUGUCUAAUUCCGCCGGUAUUCCAAUCAUUUCCGAUAUCGAUUUAUUUUAUGAUGAAAUUAUCACCGACAUUAAUAAAACCGUAAAUUUUGUAGCUGUGACGGGUACAAAUGGCAAAAGUUCGACCACAUCUUUGAUCGCUCAAAUUUUAAAACAAAAUAAGCGUAAUUGUUUGAUUGGUGGUAUGGGUGCGCAUCAUGUGUCAACUUUGGAUUUAACUGCUGAUGAUUAUAUUUUGGAGAUAUCUUCAUCACAAUUGGAGUUAUUAAAAAGUUUCAAACCGAAAAUUGCCAUACUUCUGAAUAUAUCCAAUGAUCAUUUAGAUAAAUACGAAACAAUAGAAAACUAUACGGCCGUCCAAUACAAGAUUUUCGAUAGAAUGGAUAAAGAUUGUUAUGCUAUCAUUAAUAUUGAUAAUGAAAUUACGAAAAUGCUAUAUGAUCGACUGAUGGAUGAAGACAAGACCAAUUUGAUUCCAAUACAUGCUGCAAAACUUCUUAAAAACGGUGUAUCCAUCCACGAAAAUAAUAUUCACGAUAAUCUUGAACGAGAGGGCGUUGAAUCAAAUAAGUUUUUGAUUCCGAAAAACCAACAUUUGCAAGGAGUUCAUAAUCACGAAAAUAUUUUAGCUGCUUACGCUGCAUGUUGUGUUCUUGGUCAUUUGGAACCUGAAAAUAUAAUGGCCGCCAUUAAAGAAUUCGAAGGUCUACCACACACAUUACAAUUUAUCGACACAAUCGAACAUUCUGAGACGGAAAUACAGUUCUAUAAUGAUAGCAAAGCAACGAAUGUUGCGGCCGCCUGUAGUUCUUUGGCUACAUUUGAUAAUAUAUAUUGGCUGGCCGGUGGAAUAGCAAAACAACCAACGAUAGGUGAAAAUGAAUUUGAAGCAUUUCAUUCGAAAAUUCGUAAAGCAUAUCUUUUUGGUAAAGACAAACAGAUUUUGGGUGGAGCACUCAAGGGUAAGGUAAAUCUUUCUAUUUAUGAUAACUUGAAUGAAGCAUUUAAUGCGGCUGUUGUCGAUGCAAAAAAUGAUUCAACCAAAUUAAAAACAAUUCUAUUGGCUCCAGCGUGCGCUGCUCAAGAUCAAUUCAAAAAUUCGGAGGAUAGAGGGGACUUUUUUAUUAAGUUAUGUACAGAUUGUAAGCUUAAUUUUGAAUUUUACAUUUAG